CCCGCGGCUGCGCCGACACGAGCAGCGGCGGAUGGUGAGGGUCCACGGCGACCAGCGGCUCAUCCGCUUCACAUACACUAAUUUUACUUCCUUCGAAUGUACUCAACACUAAAUCCAACUGCCGGUUAUUAAUAUUACCUAUUUUGUUGCACUGGGUGAACCCACAAUACGUUAGAAAGUAUUCGUAAUAAUUUACAAUGUUUAAAGAACGUGAAUACAAAUUAAAAUCUCCGAUCACUAAUACAUCACUAUAAAGCAUAAUUUACACGGAGCCAGUAAUGCAGGCGCCAGUCUGCAGACAAGCCAGCGUUGGCCUGGCCCUUGUUGUUUAGACGAGGUCAUACAUUUACGGAUAUUUUCUUCGGGUCUGCACACGUUUUAAAAAAAUAAUGGAUACGCGGCAAAGGCUGUUGAAAAAGAAAUGUUUAAAAAACAUCUCUGCACUAUUAAGAGAAGAGUUGAUUGAUAUAUUAGAAAACAAGGGAGCGAAACGACUUUGGAUAAGAAAAUGGUUAAGCGAUAGACCUGUAACUGGAGCUUCUGCCUUAUUGCUGAAACAACUAAGAUUAGAAGAUCCUUCUGAGUACAGGUUAGCGUUGCGGGUUACUGCUGAAAACUUUGAUGAGUUGCUUUCGCUUAUACAGAGCUCGAUUCAGCGCCAAGACACUCUGAUGAGAAAUGCAUUACCAGCGAAAAUAAAAUUAGAAGUAACGUUAUCGUUCUUAGCAACAGGAAUGAGUUAUCGAAGCUUGAGUCAUUUUUACCAUGUUUCUAAACCAUCUAUAUCACAAUUCAUACCAGAAGUUUGUCGAACAAUUUAUAAAGUAUUAAAACAGUAUAUUAAGGUACCAAACGCAGAAGAAUGGAAAAACAUCGAAAGGGGAUUUAAAACACGAUGGAAUUUCCCCUUAUGUUAUGGUUGUAUAGACGGAAAACAUGUGACAAUUAAAGCUCCUCCUAAAAGUGGAGGUUUAUACUUAAAUUAUAAAAAAACAAGCAGCGUCGUAUUGUUAGCUAUUGCUGAUCUCGACUACUGUUUUUCGUACAUAGAUGUCGGUGCGUGUGGUAGCGCAUCUGAUGGAGGAGUUUUUAAAAAUUGUUCUAUAUACCAAGGCCUGGAAAAUAACUUAUUACCUGACAACGGAAUCAUCGUGGGAGAUGCGGCAUUUCCACUAAAGACUUAUUUAAUGAAUCCGUAUCCAGGUGUAAACCUCAGUACAGAAGAAAAAGUUUUUAACUACAGGUUAUCUCGGGCAAGACGCAUAAUCGAAAAUGUAUUUGGAAUCUUAGUUAGUAGAUUCCGGGUAUAAGAAAAGCCAAUAUUAACUAACUUGGAAACAGUAGAUGCAAUCGUUUGUGCUUGUUGUGCCCUUCAUAAUUUGCUACGAAAGAAAUCACAGUCAUACAUCACCGCUACUUGUGUUGAUAGGGAAGAUGAACAGGGAAAUAUUCUGCCCGGUUCAUGGAGGAGCCAAAUACAUGCCCUACAGAGUAUUGGCAAUCAAGGUAGCAAUCAUUCAGCAGAAAUAGCAAGAGAGAGAAGAGAAGUUUUAAAAAAUAUGUUUAAGAACGAAGGAAGAGUUCCUUGUCAAUUAAAUAGCAUACAUUAACAAUCCACUUUGAAAAUCUACAUUGAAACGGACAACGGACAAAUCCCUACACGAGCUUCUUUUGUUGUAGUACCUAUGCGUGUGUCUUUAAGUGGCUUUAUAAUUUUCCUUAAAUGUAAUUUUCGUUUAAAAUAAAUAAUAAUGUGAUUUUACUUACUA